GGGGAGGUACUUUCCUAUCUUCCAUCGAUAUCGUGCCUAUCUCGACCAGACCAGAGACUCGACAGACAUGCUCGCACAUGACCCUGUACACAACAUCUCCCCGGUUCUGGACCUUGUAGGUACAUGCAUCAUUUCACACAUCUUUUGCCAGCAAUUUCAUCCUCACAUAGACCGUCUCUUUUCUGGCUCUUUUCUCUCGCUUGUCAUCUCCCACCUCCGGCCGUUGUGGGUGAGAAGACAGCCGCACGACUUGUUCUUAUGACACAAAUUCGCCCGUAGAGAGGGGUCCCAGCUGUAACCCUCGGACUAAUCAACAGCCAGCCAACCAAGUAACCCAUACCGCCGAGUAAUCUACGGUACUUCGUACGCGUCCACCUACAUAUCUAACUAGAGAUACAUCCCCAGCUAUCUACCAUACCUAUCUCUCCAUACCGGCCCAGUAAAGACGUCUCGGGACACGGACGGUCCGGCACGAAACAUCCCCCCCCCUCCGCGUAUGCCGCUGCUCCGAUACCACGUCCUUCGCCCUUCGCCCGUCCUUUCGCCGUCCUCUUUCGUUCGCUCCCCCACGCCUAUAUCUAUCUCAGCCUCACCACUGCCACAACCCGCCGCCCCCGCCUGUCCCACGCUGCUCGUGGUAUCGUCUAGCCUCGCGCGCGACCUAGCGCCGCCGCUGCCGUCGCUAUCACCAUGUUUUGGAGAUUUGGCGGUUACGCCAACAUCUCCACCAUCGAUACCAUCCUCGACAAGCCCGACUUUCUCCUCGAAGACUUGCUGGACGAGAGUGACCUGAUCCAGGAGCUGAAGCAACACAACACGAAGCUUCUCGAGUACCUGCGCCAGGACAGUGUCCUCUCUAAACUGUUGGACUAUGUCGUUGCACCAACCCUCGAGCCCGUCGAGAACCCCGCCGACGACCAUGACGACCGCGACGAAGACGCCGUCAAAAAGGGUAGGUCCUUGGGCUUGCCCUUUGGCCGCCCAAGGGCUUCAUCACGCGCCACCAGCGAGGGCACCGACGAUGACGAGGUGGAGAAGAAGCGCAACCGCUAUGCCUACGUCGCCGCCGAGGUGCUGUCUUCUGACAACUGGUCCAUCUAUGAGUCCCUGAUGGAGAACAAGGAAUUGUUGGGCAAUUUCUGGUCUUUCCUGACACGCCCAGCGCCGCUAGAUCCUAUCCAGGCCAGCUAUUUCACUAAGGUCAAUGAAUCACUCUUCGACAAAAAGACACACGAAAUGCUACAAUUGCUGCGGUCGCUCGAUGGCGCCGUCCCGAACAUGCUACGUCAUGUCGAUUGUCCCAUGAUUAUGGAUCUCUUGCUUAAGAUCAUUAGCCUCGAGAGGACCGAGGACGGUCAGGGCAUUGUUGAGUGGCUCUAUACCAAGGAUGUUAUUCCCGCAUUACUGUCCUUCCUUGGACCUGAGCAUAGUUGGGCCACUCAGACCGCCGCUGGCGAUUUCAUCAAAGCCAUCAUUACAGUUUCCGCCAACGCCUCCCAAAAUGAGCAGGCUUGCAUUGGUCCCAACGAGCUCACUCGCCAGCUUGUGUCUAGACCGUGCGUUGAAAAGAUCAUAGGGUACAUGCUCGGCGGUGGGAACCCCCUCACUGUCGGCGUGGGCAUCAUAAUCGAGGUUAUCCGCAAAAACAAUUCCGACUAUGACCCCGAUGUUGGCGGCGAUGCAAAUGCUCAGCCUUCUAGUCGCGAUCCCAUCUAUCUCGGCACACUUCUUCGUCUCUUUGCUGAGCAUGUCCCUGAUUUCAUGUCGCUGGUUCUCAACGCUCCCGCGCAGAAGCAGCGGCUGGACUCCACUUUUGGUGACAAGAUCGAGCCGUUAGGUUUCGAUCGGUUUAAAACCUGUGAACUCAUGGCCGAGUUACUGCAUUGCAGCAACAUGGCUUUGCUCAACGAAGUGGGCUCGGAGCAGGUCAUUGCACGGCGAGACGAGGAACGUAGUCGUUUACGUCUCAUAGGACGCCUCGCCGUUACGCGAGGUGAGGAAUCGCACUCCUCGGAAGAUUUGACUAUGCGCUCCCGCCACUCUUCACCCGACGAUAGCCGGCGGUUAGAGGUAACAAAUGCGUCCGAUGACGACGGGUUUGAGGAGGUGACGCCAUCUGGAGACAUGACUGAGGACACUUCGCACGAGUUCGUCAAAGCCGAAGAAGAAAUACGUGUCGCCACAUCUCCAUCUUUCCUUGAUAAAGACGAUGAUGAAUUUGUUGAUGAGCCUCUCAGCUCGCCGAGGCUCCAUGUUCAAGAUGAAAAAAUGGAUGACGGCCACUUCGAGAUUCCCGAACUCGUGGUUGCUCCCCUGUCGCCUAAAAAACCGGCAGCGAAGGAGCUGGAACCACCACCACAAGCGGAUGCAGAAACGAUCCCGGGGUCAACACCAGCAAAGCGCUUAGAACCAAUUGAAAUAACUACCCAGCCUUCUACCUCAGACGAGACAACCCCCCUCACAGGAGACGGUAGCUCGGCACCUAGGAGUGUUCAAACAAAAACUAUAGAGGUCGAACCGGAAGAACCAGCUGAAUCUAAACCCAUUUCUAUGGAAGACAACGAAGAUACAGUAACGGCACAACCAACGAAGACUCACUCCACCACUUCCACUGCUGUUCAUUCUGAAUCAGAUGCCUCGCAGAUUGGCCAAACCCCUCCAGAGGCCCAAGAUAUGGAGGCUGAAUCUUUACCCCAAGGCAACCAAGCUCCAGAGGAUAGCCAGACAACCGCAGCGGAAAACCCCGAACCAGUCGUAGGCGACUUCUUGAAGAUGCAGUUUGUACAAAAUAACGUUGUACCCACUAUUUUGUCUUUUUUCUUCCGAUAUCCUUGGAACAAUUUUCUUCAUAACGUAGUCUACGAUAUUGUUCAACAAGUCUUCAACGGGCCUAUGGAUCGGGGGUUCAACCCUACUCUUGCCAUCUCUCUAUUUGAAGCCGCUGAUAUCACUAACGCCAUUAUCAACGGACAAACAUCUAGCGAAAGAUCGCAGGCCCAAAGCAAGACACGCAUGGGGUUCAUGGGACAUCUUACUCUAAUUGCCGAGGAGGUUGUCAAGUUCACCGAGCGGAACCCUCCUGAGCUUCUCUCCGACCUUGUCCUAGACCGUGUCAUGAGCCAGGAUUGGAUAAAUUACGUCGAAGGAGCGCUGGCGGAGACACGGGAGAGAGACAAUGCAAUUCUCGGGGGAGUACGGCCGGAAGUGGCAUUAAGUAAUCGGCCACAGAUGGGCGGCAAUCUCGGCGGCAUGGGGCUCUCUAGCCUGGGACUCAGCGGUGGCCAAGGCGGGGGAUCAAAUGCCCUUACUGAGGCCGGCCUGAAUGGAGGUGGCAAUACACUCGACAUGGCGGAUCAUGGCAGCGGCAGCAGUCUCGGCCCUUUUAGCAUCAGCUCAGGGCUCCUUUCAGGCUCCGGGUUCGGAAGCUCCAGUGAUGAAGAUGAGGACGAAGUCGAAGAGAACGACGAAGACGUGAAUAACGAGUUUCGUGCCUAUACAGAUCCACUGAACGCGUCGUCUUCAUCUGCUGAUCCGCCUUCUAUUCCUCCGCCUCCCCCACCACCGCCCCCACUGAACAUUCCACCUUCCCGUGCCCGGCUGCAACUAGCUGCACGACUUGCCGCGCACCAAAAGAGUACGGCAUCCGCUUCGGCACAGUCUGCCGGUAUCGAAGACAAUGAAGAGCGCUCCGGGGCAGGACGGGACGACGGGUUAGGUAGGGCCCUGCGCAACCCCUUCGAAGAUGACGGCGAAGACGAAGUCGACGAUGAUAGUGAUGACGGUCUAGGCGACGAUGGAGACAAUGCAGACGCUUGGCCUUCGAGGGCUACUCGUGGAGGCUGGUGGCGUAGCACACUGCGGAGUCGAGAGAAGUUCGGAGACGGCCGGGAUGAUUCCGACUCGGACAAAGACGACCGGGCAGCAGCGGAAGAUGAUGACGAUGAUGAUGACGAGUUUGGCGACUUUGCCAUGCCUGAGGCGAACAAAGACAGUGCUCAGGCCAAGGGGAGUGUGAUUGUCAAACCCCUUCCUGUUCACCCGCCACCUCACAACCCCAAGAGCUCAAGCUUCACCAGCCUCUGGCCCUUCGGCUCAAAGGAGAAGGAGAAGCAGAAAGGCGAAGAACCGACGGGAACGGGUGAGGCUACAGACUCAGCGGCUGAUGAUUAUGACCACGACAAUGACAAUGGCAACGAGCACACGAAGAUCAAAGCGACACACGAGGCCGCACGACGGACAAGCAUCGAAGAUCCCGACGAAGACGAGGUGGUCGUUUAGGAGACGAUCACAACGAACGAGACAAUGACAGAUGCUGCUCUUGACCGCUUUGUCCACAUUUGACGGCGCAUGUUACAUACAGUGCGAUGAUUGACGGCUAUGAAGGAAAGAAACCAAGAAAAAAAAAAGGGAUUAGAGCCCGUAUGGCUUGUAUUAUAGGUAGAUACUUACUCGGGGCAAUGGCAUGGCAUGGCAUGCAAGGUUAGGUUAGCGGCCAUCCGGUGUAGUGUGUAGCGAGACGGAACAAACGCUGACUUGUAUACUAUCAUAUCAUUAUUACGACUACUAGGUAUGUGACUUUAAUGGAGAUACACCAACGCAUGUUUUUACUUUCAUCGUUUUGCGACUUGACUCCCAUGACUAUCUGUCUGCGCGAUACAUGUCGUCAUAGGUCGUAGUGUCGCUGGCUAGGUGAAGGUGAAGCAUUGCAGUGCGAUUGAUAUUGUACUGGUUGGCAGGCUUACUUGAAUCUACUAUGUACUAAAGUCUAAUCGGAUGAUGAUCAGAGA